GUAACAAUUUUAUAGCAACUUGCACGUUGACAUUGUGAACGUCGGUGGAAUCAUGAAAUCGUAAAAGAUUCUUAUGUUUGCUAAAGGAGCUUUUAGUUAUAAACAAUAAUAACAUUCACGGCUGUGAUAUAUACCAUUUAAUAAAUGUUUGUCGUUUGUAACUUAUCUUAGGAUUUUUAUAAGCAGCGUGAAAAGUGAUCGACGAAAGAUAACCUAAGUUGACAUAUGCCACAGGUGCAUAUAUCAGAGAAAAUAGUGAUCGUAAUAAGUUUUAAACAUUUAUAAUUGAAAUGGUGAAGAAUAAACCACAAGAAAAAUCUGUAAAGAUAAAAGCUAAAUCUGUGAAUGCAAACUCAGUUAAGACAAAUAAAAGUUUUCCAUUAUCGAUGAAUUCUACUAUCACUGUUAUAUGUAUUGCCAUUGCUGCUUGGUUUGGAUAUAAAGGAUAUCUUGAAACAAGAGUAAAUACCCCAUAUGAUGGAAACAAGGUAGUUAUUGCAUCUGGCUUGGAUAUUCCAGACAGAUAUUGGGGUACCUACAGAUCUGGUGUAUAUUUUGGUUUAAAAACAAGAGAUCCACAUUCUUUAGUAACUGGUUUGAUGUGGUAUUCUCCACAUAUUCUACGCUAUGAUGGAAGCGUACUUAGACACUGGUGUGAUCAAGGUGAUAAAUUAGAUAGAUAUGCAUGGCUGGAGCAUGAUGGACGAACGUUUGGUGUUCAGGAAAUAGUAGAUAAGUCCAUAAUUUUAAGAACGACAUUUGUCAAAAGACCUGGUGGAUAUCAUGGUGGUGAUUGGACCGCAAGAAUUGCAGUAUCACAAAAGAAAGAAAACAGUAGAGAAGAGAUAUCAUUGUUAUUUUACACUGCUAUCGAAGAAAGUACAAAAGGUUGGAUAAAGGCUAAUCUAGGGGACUAUAAUCGCUUAACAGGCAUAGAAGGAAACACACAAGGAUUGGGAUCUUUUGCUAUAAACCUAAAUUUAAUAAAUGGCACUGUAGAGGAGCAUUCGUUUUUGGCAACAACUGCUUCUGGGUUAAAUGUGUUGAAAGAAACUGUUUUGCAAAAUCUUCGUAUCGCAACCCAGAAGGGAUCCGCGGAGAAACAUAUAGUUUUAGCCGGCGAACAAUUACUAUUAUCGCCUGAAGGCAAGAAAAAGGAUCCAAAUUUCAUCGUUACUCAAGUAACAGGAAAAGUUCCUUUCGAGAUUGAAGUUAGUUACGAAUCUGGCAGUUUUAGUAAUAGAAUAGACAAGUUAACAGGCCAGAACUAUGACGAGGCUCUCGACAAGCAGAGGCAAUUGUUCUCGAAGAAAUUUGAAAAUGUUUUUAAAUUGAAAUCAAAGGGAUACACGGACGACGAAAUGACGUUCGCAAAGAUGGCAUUCUCAAAUCUCAUAGGCUCGAUAGGUUACUUUUACGGAACUUCGCAAGUGCAAAGUACGUAUACACAGGGACCUGUGCCUUAUUGGAAAGCGCCUUUGUACACUGCUGUACCCAGCAGAAGCUUUUUUCCUCGAGGUUUCCUGUGGGAUGAAGGUUUUCACGGUUUACUUAUCUCAGUCUGGGACACGGAGAUAGAAUUAGAUAUUAUAAGCCAUUGGUUCGAUCUGAUGAAUGUCGAAGGUUGGAUCCCUAGAGAGAUGAUUUUGGGCCAGGAGGCUCUGGCUAAAGUGCCCGAGGAGUUCGUAACUCAAAUCAAUACAAAUGCCAAUCCGCCCACAUUUUUUUUAACGCUGGACUUUAUGCUUAAGCAUAAAGAGCAAGAAUUAUUGAUGCAUAAUUUCAAGAUCCUCGACAAACUAUAUCCACGAUUGCAAGCGUGGUUUUCAUGGUUCAACGUCACGCAAGUCGGCGAUCUACCCAGCACAUACAGAUGGCGAGGCAGAGAUGAGACAACUAAUAGAGAAUUGAAUCCUAAAACACUGACAUCCGGCUUGGACGAUUAUCCUAGGGCUUCUCAUCCCACCGCUGCCGAGCGUCACGUUGACUUGCGUUGUUGGAUCGCGUUCGCUGCUCGCGUUAUGGCUAAAAUUGCUGAAACGUUGAGUUAUCCUGCCCAAAAAUACCAAGAAACAUUCGAAUAUCUAUCCGACAACAACUUGUUAAACAAAUUGCAUUGGUCACCAAAUGCUCAAGCGUAUUCGGAUUACGGUUUACACACCGACAAAGUGGCUCUACGGAGACCUCCACAAAAACAGCGGUCUCAUUCGCAAUCCGUACGUAUGGAAAUGGUCCGUGUCGUUUCGGAGGAACCGUCGUUGAAAUUUGUCGAUACCACCUUUGGAUACGUUUCGUUAUUCCCUUUUAUUUUGCAAAUUGUGGAACCUGAUUCGUCACAGUUGGGGAAGAUAUUGCAGGAUCUACGAGAUCCGUACCUUCUCUGGACCAGAUAUGGAUUACGUUCACUCGCGAAAACAUCGCCGUUGCACAUGAAAUACAAUACAGAACACGACCCGCCUUACUGGCGCGGUCCUAUCUGGAUGAAUCUAAAUUACUUGACAGUACGGGCUGCAUAUUAUUAUUCUAACGUGGAAGGGCCGCAUCGGGAACAUGCGAAAAAGAUAUAUGAAGAGUUGCGAAAGAAUUUGAUACAGAAUAUUAUUAAGCAAUAUAAAAAGACCGGAUAUUUGUGGGAACAUUAUGAUAAUAGUGAAGGAGAAGGCAAAGGAAGUCACCCUUUCACCGGUUGGACUUCCUUGGUUGUAUUGCUUAUGGCAGAAAUAUAUUAGAUAUUCUAAUAUACAAUGUCAAACUUUACUAUUAAAAACUGUUUUACCAAAAGUGGAACCAAAAGUGGAAUCAAAAGACAUUGCGAGUGUUCACUUAGAAUUAUUAUAUAUGAUCUAUUAGUAGCAAUAUAUGUUUAAACUACACAAAAGGAUAGUAAUUAUAUAAU